CGCACUGCAGUAUGUAAGUGAUGGAUCGUUACUUCGAUAAUCUUUCUUAAAGCAAAAUAAGAAUGCAAAAUAGAAAUGAAAACAUAUUUCUUGUGUCCAUCUUCUUACUUUUCUGUGAAAUCAAUUACUGUUGUGCAGAUCGAGCUGCAACAUGGGAUGCUUGUGGCUGCUCUUGGCAUGAUUGGAAAUCUUGGUCAUCAUGUACCGCAACAUGUGGUGGGGGAAAGCAAGAACGGAUAAGGUGGGUUCGUUUUAACGAUAAACCUGGAUGUAAUGGAUUCGAAGAUUGUGCCACAAAUGACUCUGGUUGGGACAAUAGAAUAUGCAACGCAAACUGUGAAAAUGGCGGAACAAUAAAAACCUACGGUUCAACAAGUGCUUAUUGCAGGUGCAAAACAGGGACAAAAGGAAAAUGUUGCGAGCAAAUUGUCACAUGUGGGUCACCAUCAACAAUCAGCCACGGCACCUAUACUGGUACAUCAUUUUCCUACAACCGCAAGAUAACGUACCAUUGCAAUAGUGACUACAACAUGACUAAUCCUUGGAGAGCAGUCCGUACAUGCAGUCAAUGGGGCUACUGGACGGGAUCGCUUCCGACAUGUGAAUAUGCAGUUUCUUGCAAUAGCAAUCCAUGCAAAAAUGGUGGAAUAUGUACUAAUAUGCUUGGAACGUAUAGAUGCUCAUGUUCAAAGGGCUGGACAGGACGAAACUGUGAAACAGACAUCCAGCCUCCAAUAUAUGAUCACUGCCCUACAAACAAGGCCAUUCUUGUGACAACAAUGACAACGAAUCAGACGUGGACAGAACCCGUUUUUACCGACCCACACGGAUUUGGAAUUGAAAUAUCGAAAAAUUACCAAAAUAGCUCUUUUGAAUUUCCCUGGGGGAAAUUUGCAAUCCAGUAUAUUGCAACCAAACCGUCCAAUGGAAUGACAAAAGAAUGCACAUUUUGGAUUACUGUCACACCACACCAGUGCAAACCUUUGCAAGCCCCAAAACAUGGCGCAAUAGCAUGUAAUGGCUGGAAAGAGCAAUAUGCUCGCGUGUGCAAGUUCUAUUGCUAUUCUGGCUAUGACCUUCCACCUGGUUUCAAACCAGACACUGUUAUUAAUUGCGGAGCAACCGGGAAGUGGAUGCCGUCAAACCCAUUUUCGGAAUGCAUUCUAAUGAAUCUUCUGCCUUCAGCUCGUGACGUUGUCAGACCAACGUUUAACAACUGUCUUGCAGAAAAGUCAUCUAUUGCCGAGACAUAUAUAAGAGAUUUGAAAAGAUCACAGUUCAACGCGCUUUGUGUUGAUAACCUUGACUUUUGUAAUGAUAGAAACGUGUCCAUUACUUGUGAUGUUUAGUCAGCUUUCGAAAAUGCACAAAGGCACCAGUCGAGUGACGCAAGACGUACAAAACAGCAGCGACAUGCCAGACAUGAAUCAAACUACGUUCAUAAAAAAAUGUCGGGGUUCCAGGCGCGAAAAAGGAGCUCAGAUAUAGAUAAUAUGCGCACAACCUCGCACGUUCCUUAUCGUUUGUCAAUAAUUCUAUGCUUAAACAAUUGGGCAUAAUCGAAACAGGUAUCAGCUUGAAGACAAUGAAUAAUUUAGUAAAGCAAAUGAUAAAAGUUGAUAAAGUAAUUUCAAUUUCUCAACGUCUGUAAGUUGCUCAACCAAUGUCCGUCGUCCUCCCCAAUUAAGUACAAUUAUAAGUAUUGUACAAUAUAUCAACACAAAUCACAGGCUUUGGAGACCCUAAAGUGGCUUUCAGCUGUUAACAUGGAAUUUUGGCGGAUAGUUUUCGGCAUUAUGUUCAAAGAAUGUUCGAUUGCAUAAACGCAUGCGGUUAAAUUUGCGCCGUUAGAAGUAAAUCGCCGCCAUCAUCGCUAUUCUUUCUUCUAUUCAAACAAUCAAAAUAGUUUUAAUGGAAACAGCUUGGAUAUAACUGUUAACGUCAACAUUUGAAUACUAUUGAAUGAACAUAAACAUGAGCAAUAGAAAUCCCGUUUAAAACAGUUUUAAGUCCAUCCAGAGGAAAGAAGUCAAGCGACACACCUGCUUGUGACAAAGUAUUUCUUUGAAGUAUCAAGAAGACGAGGGAUAAAUUGUAGUAGUUCGCUGCAGAUAAUUUUGACAAAAUCCAAGAUGGCCGCCAGUCAAGAAGGUAGAAAGCUUUCAACAACUCAAUCAUGAAUAAUGUGAAAAACGUCGUAGUUUACAACCUCUGAUUACUGCAGAAUUGUUUUUCCUACGUUUACCUAAAAAAUUACUGAACUUUUCGGACGUAAUGAAAAGGCAUUCCUGAUUUGAGCCUGUAUAAUAGUAUACAUAAUGGAACUAUAUAACCAUUGCCGAGAAACGUCGCAUCUGAUUUUUAAUUCACGCAUUAACUUCAAAUUGAAAUAUUUAUAUUCGCCUAGUCCUUUGUAAAGGUAAAACUUGACGUAAAAAUCGCAAGGGAUUAUGACGUCAUUUUAUAUUUCAAUAUUGCGCUCGGAUUGGAUUAGCGCGACGUCAAAUAACCAAUGCUUUACGACGUUACAGAUAUCAGCUAUUCUUUUGUACAAAUGAAUAUUGUCGGUUACAUUUCUUUAAGAACAAAUACUCUGAUGCAGAAUAUAUUGCUUUUUUAGCGCGAUUAAUUUCGUUUCCAAAAAAUAUUAUUAAACAACAUAAACAAAAGGAAUACAUCAUACACUUAAAGGAAACACAUAU